ACUCACACACACACACACACAGAGACAGAGAGAGAGCGCGGCCGUGAGCGGGGCGAGAAGGGGAAGGAGGUGAGAACGGCAUGCAGAAGUCCUCAUUCCUUCAACUCAAAUAAAACAAACCCACCUUCACUAUGGCGGCACCAGUGAAUACUCAGAACCCAAGUAAGACCUGGGAGCUCAGCCUCUACGAACUGCACCGGACCCCACAGGUGAGUAAAACCACCCAACUCAGCCUCUACGAACUACACAGGACCCCACAGGAGGCGAUUAUGGAUGGGACGGAGAUCGCGGUGUCACCCCGGAGCCUGCACAGUGAGCUGAUGUGCCCCAUCUGCCUGGAUAUGCUAAAGAACACCAUGACGACCAAGGAGUGCCUGCAUCGCUUCUGCUCCGACUGCAUUGUGACUGCACUGCGCAGCGGCAACAAAGAAUGCCCCACAUGUCGAAAGAAACUGGUGUCGAAGCGAUCACUGCGGCCGGAUCCAAAUUUCGACGCGCUGAUCUGCAAGAUCUAUCCGAGCAGGGAUGAGUACGAGGCACAUCAAGAUCGGGUGCUGGCCCGGUUAAGCAGACUCCACAACCCACAGGCCCUCAGCAGCAGUAUUGAGGAAGGGUUGAAAAUGCAGGCCAUGCACAGGGCCCAGCGGGUGAGGAAGCCGCCACACGAGUCGGACAACACCACGUUCAGCGGCGGCGAGGACAACUGCGACAGCCGCUCGCACGUCAGCAACGUGUCGACCCACAGCAACCAGGAGGCCGGGCCCAGCCGCAAGCGCUCCAAGGCUUCUGACGACUCCUGCCCAGAGCUGGACAACUCGCGGGAGGCCCCCGUCAGCCCCGACGUUGUGGGAGACUCGUGCAGCGAGAUUGAGCUGGUCUUCAGGCCACAUCCCGUGCUGGUCGAGAAGGACGAGUAUUCCCAAACCAGGUACGUGAAGACCACUGCAAAUGCCACGGUGGAUCACUUGUCCAAGUACCUGGCACUGAGAAUCGCCUUGGAGGAGCAGCAGAAGAACAUUGGGAACAACGCUGUCACCUUGGAAGAAGUCAGUGAGAAGCAGUACACCAUUUACAUCACCACAUCAGGGGGCCAGUUCACGACUCUGAACGGAUCGCUGACGCUGGAACUGGUGAACGAGAAAUACUGGAAGGUCAGCAAGCCCCUUGAGUUGUACUACGCGCCCACCAAGGAGCAAAAGUAAAGCCCGAGCAGCACCAGGACUAAAGACACAAUUGCUUAUCCGCUUGCUCGCUCGCUCGCCCCCUCCCAUCCACUCGCUGCCACCGCCGCCGCAGAUACAGGCCGCCACGGCUUCCGACCGAGGAGCGCAGUAGCCGACGGGAUGAGGAGAGAGAGAGACGACGGGGCUGUGAGUUGUCCCUUCACGCAAGGCCCACCCGAGGAACCGACUUCAGUGGGGCAGGGCGGGAUGUAGCGUGAAUCUGAACUGUCGUGUAGUGUUGCUUCUGUGUGUGUGCGUGUGUGUGUGAGAGAGUGCGUGUGUGUGUGUGUGUGUGUGUGUGUGU